AUGUCUGUUGUACUGGAAACAACAUUAGGUGAUAUAACAAUUGAUUUAUAUUAUGAAGAACGACCAACAGCAUGUAAAAAUUUUCUAUAUUUAUGUCUACAAAAAUAUUAUAACUUUUGUUUAUUUCAUUCAAUUCAAACAAAUUUUAUUGCACAAACUGGUGACCCAACUGGAACAGGCCGAGGUGGAGAAUCAGUUUUCAGAGAAUUAUAUGGUGAUCAAGCAAAUUAUUUUGAUAUGGAAAAAAAACCAUUAAUUAAACAUCGAAAACGUGGAACUAUAUCAAUGGUUAAUAAUACAAAUAAUCAACAUGGUUCACAAUUCUAUAUAACUUUAGUACCAAAUCUUGAUUCAUUAGAUGGUAUUCAUACUGUUUUUGGUGAAGUAGUUGAUGGUUGGGAUGUAUUAGAUAAAAUUAAUAUAGCUGUUGUUGAUCAUGAAUUUCGACCAUAUCAUGAUAUACGUAUUAUACAUACAGUUGUACUAUCGAAUCCAUUUGAUAUUCCAUCAGUAUUACGUAUUCCUGAACGUUCACCAUCACCAACUAUUGAACGUGUUAAAUCAUCGAGAAUUGCAUUUGAUGAAUUAUUUGAUGAAGAUCGAAUACAAGGAAAAACAGAUGAAGAAAUUAAAGAUUAUAUUGAAGAAAAAGAAGCACAAGCAAGAGCACAAAUUCUUGAACUUAUUGGAGAUUUACCAGAGGCUGAUAUGAAACCACCAGAAAAUGUUUUAUUCGUAUGUAAAUUAAAUCAAGUAACAACUGACGAAGAUUUAGAAACAAUAUUUAGUCGAUUUGGUGAAAUUAUUAGUUGCGAAAUUGUACGAGAUAAAAAGACUGGUGAUUCACUUUGUUAUGCUUUUAUUGAAUAUGACAAUAAUGAAGAUGCUGAACAAGCUUAUUUUAAAAUGGAUAAUGUACUUAUUGAUGAUCGACGAAUACAUGUAGAUUUUAGUCAAAGUGUAGCAAAAGAAAAAUGGAAAUAUGAUCAGAAACAAAGAAAACUUAAAGCGCAAAAAGCUCAACCACAACGUCCACCAUCACCUUCAGCAAAACCACCAAAAGUGGAAGAAAAACGUCGCCAUAAUCAUAAUGAUGACCGUCAUGAUCGUGAUCGGUACCGUGAUGAUCGUGGCCGUGACCAUCAUGGCCGUGAUCACCGUGAUUAUGAUCGCGAACGUGAUCGUAAAUACGAUCGCAACCGUGAUAGUGAUCGUGAUCGUGGCCAUGAUCGUGGUCGUGAUCGUAAAUACGAUCGCAGCCGUGAUAAUAAUCGUGGUCAUGAUCAUCGUCAUCGUCGAGAUCGAUCCCGAUCUUGA